AUGGAAAAUAAAAAAAAUUUCUUUUAUGUCAUUUUUAAAAACCAUCGCAGUGCAGUGAGAAGAGUAUUCUUGCUUGGAAUCUUUAUGCGGAACGGAGUUGAAGAUGAAACACCUAUAACUCCAAAUUAUGAUAAAAACAGCCCAAAAUUACUUUGCAGAAACGACUUUGGUAGAUGCAAAACAGUCGGCACUCAUUAA